AUGGUUGGCUCUUAUUCAAAGAAGCGCAAAGUUGCGGAUGGCAUGAAGGGCAAGACUGCCCGCCCCAAGAAGUUCCGCAAGCAAGUCUCGUAUCACAGUUCGGACGACGAGGAAGAAGACACCAACUUCGCAGCUGUCAACCUUGCCGAUUCCGACGAAGAGUAUGAUGGAGGCGUUCCUGUGUCCAAUACAGCCUUCGAGCGUGCAAUGAAGAAAACAAAGACCGAAUCUACACCUGCAUCGGAGCCCAAACCCACCGCCAAAAAAGUUUCCAAGAAAGUUUCCAGUGACGACGAAGACAACGAAGAGCAUGAUGACGAUGAAAACGAUGCCUCCGGCUCUGAGCUUGAAGAUGAUGAGUACCUUUCCGACGCCUCCAUGGAUGCUGGUGAAAAUGGCGAAAGACGUCGAGCCGUCCCCAAGCGCAACGAUCCUACCGCCUUCUCAACCUCGAUCUCCAAAAUUUUGGCUACCAAACUUACGUCUGCUGCCCGAGCCGACCCAGUCCUGUCUCGAAGCAGGGCUGCCGCCGAUAAAUCUAACGAUUUCGCCAACGAGAAGCUCGACAAUGCUGCGCGAGCUAAGAUGCGCGCAGAGAAGAAGGAAGAGCUGGACCGUGGCCGUGUCCGUGAUGUGAUGGGUAUUGAAAGAGGUCUUGCUGGCCCUGUGGCCGAGGACGAGAAGCGACUGCGCAAGAUGGCGCAACGUGGUGUUGUGAAACUGUUCAACGCUGUCCGAGCUGCCCAAGUCCGGGGUGAGGACGCCGCCAAGGAAGAACGCAAGAAGGGAACAGUUGGUAUGGGAGAGCGGGAGAAGGCUACCAACGAGGUCAGCAAGCAAGGAUUCCUUGAGCUCAUCAAUGGAAAGAAGGGAAAGCCUUUGAACAUCGAGGAGGCUUAA